CCACGCGUUCUUCAUAAUCGUUUAGGCUAAAACAAAACCCCACCACCACCACCACUUCCUUCCUUCCGUGCUUCAUCCUCUCUUCUCCUUCUUCUUCUUCUCCGCAAACCCUAACCCUAGUUAGUUUCUUGGUUGGAUGCUUACCUGAGAGAGAGAGAGAGAGAUGAAUCUCUGGACGGAUGAUAACGCAUCGAUGAUGGAGGCUUUUAUGGCUUCCAGUGAUUUACCAAGCUUUGGAUGGCCUCCGGCGACACCGGCGCCGGCAACGGCACCGGUGGCGUCUCCUGGACCGCAGUAUUUCAACCAGGAAACACUUCAGCAGCGGUUGCAGAUGCUGAUUGAUAGUGCAAGGGAGAGGUGGACUUACGCGAUUUUCUGGCAGAGUUCCGUCGAUGUAGCCUCUGGGGAUUCGCUGCUUGGAUGGGGUGAUGGGUACUAUAAGGGUUGUGAGGAGGAUAAGAGGAAGCGGAGGAUGGCCAGUGCUGCUUCCGCGGCGGAGCAGGAGCAUAGGAAGCGUGUUUUGCGGGAGCUUAACUCGAUGAUAUCUGGCGGAGGAUCGUCGUCGCCGGAUGAGGCGGUUGAUGAGGAGGUUACGGAUACUGAGUGGUUCUUUCUUGUUUCGAUGACGCAGUCGUUUGUCAACGGGGGAGGGAUCCCUGGGCAGGCGUUUUUUGCCGGCUCGGCGAUGUGGAUUGCCGGUGCGGAACGGCUCGCGACGGCGCCGUGCGAGCGUGCGCGGCAGGCGCAGGUGUUUGGGAUCCAGACGAUGGUGUGCGUGCCGAUGGGGAGCGGUGUUGUGGAGCUUGGCUCCACGGCUCUUAUCUAUCACAGCGUGGAGAUCAUGAACAAGGUGCGAUCUCUUUUCAGCUUCAACGCUCUUGAGAUGAGCCCGGCCGGGCCGUUCUUAGCGCCGCAGGCGGCGGCUGCGAACGUGACCGUGAUGACGCCGGUUGGAUCGCCGCCGGUGACGGAGCAGGGGGAGAGCGACCCCGCGGCACUGUGGAUCUCGGAUCCGUCAAUCAUUGAGAUGAAGAAUUCCGUCUCUGCGGCCGAGAUCUCGAUCUCAAAACCCCCGACGGCGCCGUACGAUAAUCCCAGCUCCAGCACCCUGACGGAAACCCCUAGCUCGAUCUAUCUCCACAGCCAUCACCAGAACAGCAGCAACAACAACCAUCAUCAUCAUCAUCAUCAUCAUCCUCAAUCACAGUCUUUGUUCACUAGAGACUUCAAUCUCUCCUCCAACCCGCACCAAAAUUGCAAGCCGGAAUCCGGCGAGAUCUUGAAUUUCACCGAAGGUCGGAGAGAUCCCUCAGUCCACGCCUCCCAGCACCCAAUCAUUGACCAAACCAAGCAGAAGCGAUCGACGGCAGCCACAUCUCGGGGAAGCAACGAAGAAGGCAUGCUUUCCUUCUCCUCCGCCACUCUAUCUCGUCCCUCACCAGUCUCCAGCAAUCUAAAACCCACCACCAACGCCAACGGCAACAGCAAAAGCACCGCCAAUGGCAACGGGGUCAUCACCGGCGGCGGCGAUUCCGACCACUCCGAUCUCGAAGCAUCCGUCCGUGAAGUUGAAAGCAGCCCAGUAGUGGUCGAACCCGAGAAGCGUCCACGCAAACGCGGCCGCAAACCAGCCAACGGCCGUGAAGAACCCCUCAACCACGUCGAAGCCGAACGGCAACGGCGGGAGAAGCUCAACCAAAAGUUCUACGCCCUCCGCGCCGUCGUCCCCAACGUGUCGAAGAUGGACAAAGCUUCCCUCCUCGGCGACGCCAUCUCCUACAUCAACGAGCUCCGUUCCAAGCUCCAAACCAUAGAAACCGAGAAACAAGCACUCGAAACCGAAAUCGAAACCGUCAAAAACGACCCAACCUCUGCUCGGUCGUCCGAUCACGAGAUGAAGUCCAUGAUGAACGGUGGAGGAGGCGCCAGGUGUAUUGGUGUCGAGAUCGAGGUCAAAAUCCUCGGUUCCGAAGCGAUGAUACGGGUUCAAUGCAUCAAAAGGAAUCACCCAGCGGCUUGGCUCAUGGCGGCUCUGCGCGAGCUGGACCUUGACGUGCACUAUGCCAGCGUGUCCGUAGUGAAAGAGCUUAUGAUACUGCAAGCCACAGUGCGAAUGCUUAGCCGAGCCUACACUCAAGAGCAGCUCAGCGCCGCCCUCUACUCCAAAGUAGCCGAGCCGCCAAAUCAUCGGUAGAGAAAAUAUUAUAUAUAUAUAGUUAUAUAUAUAUAUAUAUAUAUAUAUAUGUAGUUUCUAAUCAUCAUCAUCAUCAUCAUCAUCAUCAUCAGCGACUAAUCUAAUAACUCAGUGAGCUAUUUUACGAAGCUGGAGAUUUUUCAUGCCUCUGAGCCUUUUUUUUUGGGCUUUUAUAUCUACUUUUAUUAAUAUUGUUGUUGCUACUGAUGAUGUUAUUGUUGGUGGUGGUGGUGUUAAUGUUGUUGUUAUUGUAUACUAGGAUAUGCUACUAUGUUAGAUGCCUUCCAUGUAAAUGUGUAUAGAUUUUGCAGCGUUUUUGCAGUUAGUUCUCUCUCUCCUUUUAUAUUCUAUACAUAUAUAUAUAUAUAUAUAUAGGUAUUAUAUGUGGAAAAAGGAAGAAGAGGAAUGAAUAUCUUGUUUAGAUUGGCUAGUGACAAGAGUAGGAUAUGUUGUGGUUUGGAAUGAGGAAUGUGUGGGCGAAGAUGGAGGCCACGUUUUAAUA